AUGAAAGAAAGGAGUGAAAGACUAAUGGAACUAUUUGAAUCGUUAGUUGUGGUGGAGAAGAGAUUGGACCAGACCAUUACACAAAAGAAGAUGGCGGUUGAAGAGGCUCAUUUUAAAAAGAUAAAGAAAAUAUGCACAGUAAGAAUAAACAUAUCACUUGAAAAGACUUCAGAAAAUUCUCUUUUCAUUCUAAUUGGAGGAAAGGUCAAGGAAGAGCCGCAGCCAGGAGACAGUGCAGAGAGUAAUACUGAGACAAAGUCAAUUGGUUCUGUAGUGAGUAAAUUGUACGUUGAAUUAUCAGAAAAUUCUGAAUCUAGUCUAAGUGGAAGCAGUAAUAGUGGUAUACAAGAAGCGCAUAGAGAUGAUUCUUCUGGCGCAUUAAGCAAAAGAGUAAAAAUGACAACAAAUGAUCGAAGUGAGACAUUUUUUGAGUGGCACAACAGAGCUCCGCCCUCUGAUGUAUCUGAGUUUGAAAUAAAAACAACUGCCAAGUCAUCGCACGGCAGGUUAUUUAUUAGCUUUAUUAGCUAUACUGGUAUUUUUGAGCUAUGUGAUGAUUUAGCGCAGCCAAUUGGAAUUAAAAAAGGGACGAAACCAGCAAUUCUUCUAGGUAUUUGGAAGUACAUUACAGCGCAGAAGAUGAGAGAUCCGGCUAGGCCCAAAAUAAUAGUAUGCAAUGAUAUAUUCAAGCAAAUAUUCCAAAAGGACGAGAUGAUCUUUACAGAAAUAAUCCAAGGGUUAAACCAACUGUUAUCCCCCAUUGAUAUGAUUAGUUUCGACUUUCCCAUUCCAACCCAGCCUGGAAGUAAGUCACAGUGUUCAUAUGACAUAACCGCUGAGCUGGAUCCAAUCACCAGAGAAUACGCAUAUGCGAAUAACAACAAGAUAUCCAUCCUAAACAAAAAAAUAGAAGACAUCCAGCUGAGAAUAGAAAAGCAGAAUGAGAAAAUUGAUGGAUUAAGAAGAUUCACUGAAAGCCCAAAGGAAUACAUAACCAACUGGAUUUUAGACAGUUCAAAAGAUCUUCACUUAAUUGCAGACGACUUAUUUGAUGUAAAUGACGGAUUCUAUGCUCAGAAAGAGAUACAGGAGAGUGUUUACCAGCUCCUUCAGAACUAUAAAUAAGCCAGGGAGCAAAUAAUCAGCAUACGUCACAAUAAACAGACUGUGCAUAUAUCACAGUGUGACCUAAAAUGCAUCAGCAUAAAUUAUAGGCAGCCACACCCACAUUCCCAUAUAAGUGUAUACCGAAUCAGAUAUAGCCCAAUAACCUGAUAUCUAAAUUGAGUAAUAAACA